GCAGCUCUCUGGUUGUGAAGUGGAAGAAGUUGAGUCUCCUCAGUCCACCGCCGGCGCCGCCUCCUCCUCGCUUCGCUGCAGAGGACAGAGGACAGACUCACAGCGGACACUGCUACAAGGGGACACGGCAAGUUACUGAGAGUUUCUCUUCUACAGGGCAGCAGAAAGAAGCGUAAACCCACCGCUGCUGUUGCACCCCUUGAGAGAUCCAUCCAGGUGCUUUCAGCUUCUAUGAGGACUUCUCCAGGAUCCAUCACCACUCGCUGACCGACACACUGAAGGUGCUGCUGACUCCCGGAUCUUCCCUCAGCCAUGGCCCAACAGAGCGCUGAGCUGUCCCACUGCUAGGCAUCGGGGCAUCCGAGAGGGCAGGAGACAUGUUGGGACAGAGGCCCGGGGACCACUGCACUGAAUUCUGUUACUAUAGCAACUACUGUAGUAACCAUGGAAAUGCUAUGGAGGACUGGUCUGGUCUGCACUGUCAUUGUGGUCAUGGUUGUCACCGAGGUCGCCGGAGGUCACAGACAUGAGUUUUCUCAGUCGCAAGCUGCUUUCCUGUCCAGUCUGGGCCAGUAUGAGAUUGCCAUCCCAGUCCGUGUAGGACCUAAUGGCAAGAUGCUGGACACAGAAAAAACUCAACACCACCAAAGAAGAAGACGCAGCACUGAAGACAAGCUGCCUGACUCUCUCUUCUACCAGCUGUCCACGUCACAGAACAACUUCCUGCUAAACCUGACGCUACAGGGAGGCCUGUUGUCCCGGCAGUUCAGGGUAGAGUACUGGAAGAGGGGUCGAUUAGCCUGGAGUCACCCUUACUCUCCCCAUUGCCACUACGUAGGACAUCUCCAAGACCAACCGCACUCCAGCAAAGUUGCCCUAAGCAACUGUAACGGCCUGCAGGGGGUGAUUGUUGCAGGGGGAGAGGAGUACCUGAUUGAACCCCUUGUCUCACCAGAUAACCAAACCGGGACGGAGAAGGGGGAGAGAGCAGAGGGGCGCCCCCAUGUGGUUUACAAGCGGUCGUCACUUCGUCAUCAGUACAAAGGCCAAUCCUGUGGAGUCAUUGAUGAGAAGCCAAUGAAAGGUGCGUCUUGGUGGCAGCGGACUCUGAAGACACCUCCUCAUCAUGUGGGUCGUGGACAGCUGCCUCUGAAGCGCUCAGUCAGCCGGGAGCGCUACGUGGAAACACUGGUGGUAGCUGACAAGAUGAUGGUGGGUUACCAUGGUCGCAGGGACAUCGAGCAGUACAUCCUGGCUGUCAUGAAUAUUGUUGCCAAACUGUUCCAGGAUUCUAGCCUGGGGAAUGCAGUCAACAUUGUGGUGACACGGCUCAUCCUGCUCAUGGAAGACCAGCCAACACUAGAGAUCAACCACCAUGCAGGGAAGUCUUUGGACAGCUUCUGUAAGUGGCAGAAAACCAUCCAGCACCGGAGCAGCUACGGGAACGCCAUACCAGACAAUGGCAUUGCUCACCAUGACACCGCUGUGCUAAUCACCAGGUACGACAUCUGCAUCCAAAAAAACAAGCCCUGUGAAACCCUAGGUCUGGCUCCAGUAGGAGGGAUGUGUGAGCCAGAGAGGAGCUGCAGCAUCAACGAGGACAUCGGACUUGGAACAGCUUUUACCAUCGCCCAUGAGAUUGGACAUACGUUUGGGAUGAACCAUGACGGUAUGGGGAAUGCCUGUGGGCCCCGCAGCCAGGAGACCGCCAAGCUGAUGGCUGACCACAUCACCAUGAAGACAAACCCGUUCAUCUGGUCCGCCUGCAGCCGGGAUUACAUCACCAGCUUCUUGGACUCAGGCAUGGGCUCCUGUCUGAACAAUGUCCCCCCAAAGCAGGAGUUUGUGUAUCCCACCACAGCACCAGGUCAGGCCUACGAUGCAGAUGAGCAGUGCCGCUUCCAAUAUGGCAUCAGAUCUCGACAGUGUAAAUAUGCGGAAGUCUGCAGUGAACUCUGGUGCAUGAGUAAGAGCAACCGUUGCAUCACCAGUAGCAUUCCUGCUGCAGAGGGAACCAUCUGUCAGACCAACACCAUAGAGAAAGGGUGGUGCUAUAAGAGGGUGUGUGUUGCGUAUGGGACUCGUCCUGAGGGCGUGGAUGGCGGCUGGGGUCUGUGGUCUCCCUGGGAGGAGUGUAGCAGGACCUGUGGAGGUGGAGUCUCCUCUUCUGUCAGACAUUGUGACAGCCCCAGACCAACCAUUGGUGGAAAGUAUUGUCUUGGGGAGAGAAAGCGCUUCAGGUCCUGCAAUAUUGAUGAGUGUCCUGCAGGUUCUCGAGACUUCAGAGAGAUUCAGUGCUCCGACUUUGAUAGCAUUCCUUUCCGCGGGAAAUUCUACACCUGGAAGCCUUACAGGGGAGGUGGGGUGAAACCCUGCUCUCUCAACUGCCUAGCCGAGGGAUACAACUUCUACACAGAACGAGCUCCUGCUGUGGUGGACGGUACUCCGUGCAGAGAUGACUCUCUGGAUGUGUGUGUAAACGGAGAGUGUAAGCACGUGGGUUGCGAUCGUAUCCUCGGCUCAGACGUACGUGAGGACCGCUGCCGGAACUGCGGGGGUGACGGGAGCAGCUGCGUCUCUGUGGAGGGAGUCUUCAAUGACUCCCUCCCUGAAGGAGGUUAUGAAGAGGUGGUCCGGAUUCCUAAAGGAUCAGUGUUCAUCCACAUACAAGAGCUCAACAUCUCCCUCAACUACCUGGUGCUGAAGAGUAAAGGUGACCAGUUCUUUAUCAAUGGGAAGCUGACCAUCGACACACCUCGCAGGUUCUCUGUGGCCGGUACUACCUUCCACUAUAGACGUCCGACCGAUGGGCCAGAAACUCUUGAAGCGCUGGGGCCAACAAAUAUCACUCUCAUUGUUAUGGUGCUGGUGAGAGAGGAGAACCCAGGCAUCCACUAUCGUUUCAACCCCCCAGUCAACAGGGAUCUUUUGAGUGGAUUUGCCUGGCAUUACACCUCCUGGUCGCGCUGCUCAGCUCUAUGUGCUGGAGGUGUGCAGAUCCAGCAGGUGGUGUGUAAGAAGCAGACAGAUUAUACAGUCGUCUACAACCACUUCUGUGACAAGAAGAAUAAACCCAAAGAGAAGAGAAGAUCCUGCAAUACUGAGCCGUGCUCCCCAAGCUGGUGGACAGGAGAGUGGUCGGAGUGCAGUCGCAGCUGUAACGGUGGCCUGCGGACUCGGGUGGUGUUAUGUAAACGGAGGAUCUCUUCGACGGAGGAGAAAGUCCUGGACGACUCAGCCUGCACCCCCCCUCGCCCUUCACUCACUGAGCCCUGCAGCAACCACAGCUGCCCUCCUGAAUGGCUGGCACUGGACUGGUCAGAGUGUACGCCCAGCUGUGGUCCUGGCUACAGGCGCCGUGUGGUCUUGUGCAAGAGCGGGGAGAGCGGCGACACGCUGCCAGAAUCCAAAUGCCCCAAACAAGGCCGGCCCACCUCCAGGGUGCGCUGUAACCUGCAGCGCUGCCCUCCUCCUCAGUGGGUUACGGGUCCCUGGGGAGAGUGUUCUGCCAGGUGUGGCCUGGGUCAGGAGAUGCGUUCGGUGCAGUGUUUGACUCACACUGGCCAGCCGUCCAACGAGUGUCUGGAGCAUCAGCGACCUGCAGCCAUGCAGCAGUGCAAGAGCAAAUGUGACCUCAGUCUUCCUGUCAGUACAGACAACCCUGAAGAAUGCAAAGAUGUGAACACUGUGGCUUACUGCCCCCUGGUGCUCAGGUUCAAGUUCUGCAGCCGGCCAUACUUUAGACAAAUGUGCUGCAAGACCUGCCAGGGACGCUGACACCUCGAACCACACAGCAUCCAUCUUUGGGUCCUGAACACUCCCACAGUAAGCCUGAAAGCCUCCCACUCAGCCUCCCAACAGCAGCACUCACACUGCCUCUGUCAGAGCAGUUUGGGAUCUAACUGGGACUCUGUCGUACAGACGCCUGGUCCUGUAACUGGCCAGAUGGACCCUUUUUUCUCCACCCAGAAUCCAGAUCAGACGUCUCUCCAGGCCGAGCUGGACCAAGCCAGCCUUAGCUGAGCUAAUACAUUCCACUGGAGGGAGGGCUGCUGACACCUGGAGAGGCAGAGAGAGGGAGAAACUCUCCUCCAUCAUCUUUUAGGAUGAAAUCUCUCUCUCUGUCUCUCUAAACUUUGCCUUUGUUGUAAUAUUUUGGUGCUACUAUAUUUCACUUUGGCCACAGGACUGGUCGCAGUACUUUGAGUUCCAUUUGUGUUUGCUUGAGUGGCCUAAAACUUUAGCCUGAUCUCCUAAGCCUGGAUGUUAACAGGUGAUGUUUGUCUAGUUAUGAAUUUAAAUCCACUUUGUAAAGAAAAUGAUUUUCCAGAUAUCUUUGCCCACAAAAAGUAGUAUCUUAUCUUAUGAAAUGAAGGAUUUGUCUUUAUGUUAUCUGAUAGUUGUUACUUGACCACGUUGUUGUAUGUUACUGCUUCGUUCCGUAUCAACAUAUUCAUUAAGUCCUCUCUGUUAUUUAGCUGAAGUAUGAGCAGAGUUUGAUUUGCACAAAGAGUCAGCAGUCAGAGGUCUUGUGUAUUUUAUGUUUGCGUUCAUGUGAUUUGACUUGAUGUCUCAGUGUAAGCUCUAAUUGUCUCACUGCAGUGAACCUGCCACAGUCUUGCCAUUUUAGUUGCUUUAACGCCACCACCUCUGCGGUAAAACAGCGCUUCUUGCUGCAAAGAGAUGGAGCCUCAGUAAUGUGAGCAGAACCAGCUAACUCACCGGGACAUUUUCAGAUCCCAGGAUGUUAUUUUGUGUUGUGGCUGCAGACUGUGGCGGCUUGUGCAUAAAGUCUAUAAAAAGGAACUUAGUGUCAUUAUCUGAAAAUCCCUCAGCGCGGCCUUGCUGUUUAUUCUUUAUUUGUAUUAUUUUUACCACUUGUUCAACAGUCUGAGCGAUUUGUACUGUGAGUGGAAGUUCAGAACACAGUGAGCCACAGUGAGUCAGUCCUACCGGAAGGAACAGACCCAGUGAUGAUGAGUGAAGACCUCUGACUACGCUGCUUUCAAAGAGCAUUUUGUAGCGGGGGUGUUAAUCUGAGGAGGGAUUUGCACGCAUAAAAUAUCUGGUUUCUUUGUGGCACAGAUCUAAUGUAUUCAUGGCUGCCUGAAACCUUCAUUCAGACUGCUGUGUCAAGAUUUCUGCUACAAAGAUUGAUAAAUUUGAGCUAAUUUAAACUAGUUGUCCAUCGUGAUAAUGUUAAACCUGCAAUAGCUUUUUUUUUUUUUGGCCAUGUAUAGAUACAACACUGAUAUAUAAUAGGUUGAUAAGUUGAGUUUCUGAUCACCUGGCUCAUGGCAGGACUAUGUUCACAGAGUUUUUUGUCUCCAACUCCCGAGGGACUUAUUUGGCUCUAAAGCUGCUCUUUACCGACUAGUCAUCUUCUGUCUGUCUGUUGUUUGGUGCUCAGCAGGUGCACUGUGGGUUUUAGAGGUUUUUCUCUUGAAAACAGCUGCAUGCUGCAGCCAAAAACUACUCUGUGAGAAAAAAAAUGAACCCAAACAGUAACAAGAGCUGAAACUCACUAUGAAGCUCACUAAAUCUGAAAGAAGCUGCAGAUUCAGGUAACAAUUCUCUACAGGUUCUUGACUAUCAGCCACCACUUUCACACUGUCACUUGGUACAUAGUUAAUAUAAAAUACAAACAUUGUAGCCUCAACACACUCUGUGUAUCACUGUUAACUGAAAUCACAAAAUCAAAAGCCUAAAAAUCAUCAGCAGGACAGCACAGCAAGGAAACGGUUUAAUAAUGUAUCGAUUUUUCUUCUUGUGUGAAACCGCAUCAGGUUUCUUCCUUUCAAAGACAGUGAUGUUAAUAAGUGACCCAAAGGAAACGCAUCACCUGACCUAAAUCUGUGUCACACUGAUGAGUUCAAUGACACAUUUUUAAAGCUGCAGUUUCAGCUGUUCCUUUAUCCUGCACAGAAUAAUUUUAGAAACGCUUCGUAAGAGGCUCAGAGAUCGGUCAUCAUGGCUGACGGCAUCACUGUGACAUCUGCUCUGAGGUCUGCUGCGCUCACGGCUGGAAGCAGCUCUGUGUAAAACUAAAUGUCACUUCAUUUCAUUGUAAAGAGAGGAAGCUGCAGUAUGUCUUUACUGGGAUUAGCUGCAAUGUACCUUUUUUUCUUGUGGUGCUUCGGUUUGGAAUGGUGCUAUUAGUUCAUCGUUUGAAUUAUCAGUUUAACAAUUGUUAAAAUCUUUUAUUAUGUAGAAAUCCAUUUGAGCCUUUUGUAAUAACAAUCUGCAGAGCUGGCCUGAGGUAUUAGAGUGCAGUUAGGACCCAACAGGGGCACUCUUUGGGGGUCUCUGGGUAUUUUUUUUUUUUAAAUUUAAUUCACUUUCCCUGACUUGGAUUAAGUGCUCCCCAAAUCCCAGAAAUGCAGCUUAACAAACACGUUUUAUGAUUAUGCCAAAUUCUGUAAACUUUUCAGAUGAGCUCUAGGAAAGAUAUUGGCAUUUCCAAGCUCUCUGAUAAUUUGGACAUAUACAGAUAAACAUUUUGGUCUGCUUUUGUUUGCGGUUAACCAAAUUUAUAUAAAAUGUGCAUAAAUACUCAAAUAUUUGCUAGUUAACCAUGUGGAGCACAGAAAUGUUAAUUAUAUGUACAGUUAGUACAUUCAGUUGUAUGAUAUCAGAGUGUCACUAACUCAUCCCUGCAGUUUAUUAGGACUGAAUAGGUAGAAAUACGAUCUAACACUUUGCAUCUCACAAACUGCUUCAGAAGAGAUUUCCAGAAUCACUGCCAGAGAAAAUCCAGAUUCAGGCUCCAUUUACACCUGAUACUAACAUGUAUUCUUAGUAUCUCGACUGUCAAUAUUCAACUUACUUUGAUGAUGCUUUUAAUUUGUAAAUCCCUUUUUGGGGCUACUUUUUCUGGACUUGCUUAAGCUAGCAGGAAGAGGGAAGGUAAGUGCCUUUUCAACUUGCUUAUUUGAUCAGAUUUUCCAUAAAUGUGGUCACAGUGUUACGUUUCCAUGUGCUGAGUUCUGUGUUUCCUGUUAUCUAGAUAAGUUAUCUGGAUUUGUUAUUAUCAGGUGUAAACCGGUGUCAUUUUUUUCUCUGUGUAUUUUUCCUGGACCCAUAAGGAUUCCUCAUGCAGAGCAGUGAACCAGUUCUUAUUCAGAGUAAAACGGAGGGACAGUACCGGUAUUUGUUGUUUGUUUUUCACAUGCUAAUUAUAACAUGACAUGUACUGUAUAUUGUUCAAUACUAUAGGAGAUGAACCCAUGUGUUCCCAAUGUACAUCUUUUUAAAAGGAAAUAUUAAAUUGAUUAAACAUGGUGCAUUGUUGAUUUUAA